AUUUUCUGGUUUUGGUCUUGCCUCUUUCCUCUCUGCUGCAUUCGCCUUUCGGUUCUGUUAUCCGUGGAUUUGACGAUAAACGAAUAUUUUUUAGAUUAACGUAGAAUUACACGUUUAUUUCCCUCGCGGAUUUAGCAGUGAUGGCGAAAAAAAUACGAGUUUUUGUGAGCUAAAGUUUUCCUGGAAGUGAAUAAUUGGAAGUUUUACGGCCAAAAUGAGGUGACACGUUGUGCUGUGUGGACUUAUGGCAAGGAUUACGCUGUCGUGCGUGCCAGCCUCCUGGUACUGCUCUGUGUCCCUGCUCUCUCUGGGUUGUGUGCCCCGACAAAGAUUGGUGCUUCUGCUGCUGCUCCUCUGCUCCGCUCUGCUGCUACUGCUGAUGUGGAACCCUACGAGGAGACCCAACACACAGCAAAACAAAUAUCUGUCUAUAGCUGAGUCGCUGGAGGUGACAGAUGUUGAAAACCCGACUCUAAACUACGGCGUUGUGGUGGACUGUGGCAGCAGCGGGUCCAGAGUGUUUGUUUACUAUUGGCCUCCUCACAAUGGAAACCCUCACACACUCCUCGACAUACGACAGAUGAGAGACAAGGAGAGGAAGCCCGUUGUGCUCAAGAUCAAACCAGGGAUCUCGACUCUGGCUAAAACACCAACUGCAGCCAGUGACUACCUGCAGCCUCUUCUGAGCUUUGCUGCAGCUCAUGUCCCCAAAAACAAGCAUAAAGAAACUCCUCUGUAUAUCCUCUGCACCGCGGGCAUGAGGCUGCUGCCAGACAGUGAACAGGUGGCCAUCUUGGAGGACAUUGUGAGCGACAUUCCCCUGGAGUUUGACUUCCUGUUUUCCGAGUCUCAUGCCGAGGUCAUCUCUGGAAAGCAAGAAGGAGUGUAUGCGUGGAUUGGUAUCAACUUUGUUUUGGGUCGAUUUGAUCACGCUGAAGUGGACGACGCCACAGUAGAGGUCACAACAAGUUCACAGAGCCGUCAGCCAAUCAGCAGGCGACGCACAGUGGGCAUCAUGGACAUGGGCGGAGCUUCACUGCAGAUUGCCUACGAGGUGCCUGGAGUCAUUCACUUCAACUCACCACAAGAGGAGGAUGCAGCUAAGGGUGUCCUGGCUGAGUUUAACCUGGGCUGUGAUGUGGAGCAUACGGAACAUGUUUACAGAGUCUACGUCACCACAUUUCUGGGGUUUGGAGGAAACAUGGCCCGACAGAGAUACGAGGACCAUCUUUUCAACAACACUAUCAACAAAAGUCAUUCCCAGUUCGCUUUGGGCCGGACUUCAGACCAGCCCCUGUUCGACCCCUGCUUGCCUGUGGGUUUGUCAGACUCUGUGGUGAGAGGGAAUCAAACCCUCCACCUCCGCGGCCAGGGCGAGUGGUCCCGCUGUCAGGAGGCAGUCCGACCUUUUCUGGGUUUGCACAAUGGCACAAUGUCACCUGGAGGAGUCUACCAGGCUCCGAUAAACUUCAGUAACAGUGAAUUCUACGGCUUCUCUGAGUUUUAUUACUGUAUGGAGGAUGUGCUGCGGAUACGAGGGACCUACGACAGCCACAAAUACUCACGUGCCGCAUCGGAUUACUGCGCCACCCAGUGGUCUAUUCUCAAACACCGACUGGACAACAAGCUCUUCUCACAACAGGCUGACCUCAACAGACUCAAGUACCAGUGUUUUAAGUCGGCGUGGAUGUUUGAAGUGCUUCACUCAGGGUUUCGGUUCCCUUUAAUUUACUCCAGUCUUAAAACAGCACAGCUCGUACAGGACAAAGAGGUGCAAUGGACUCUGGGAGCCAUCCUCUUCAAAACGCGGUUCUUCCCUCUCAGGGAUUUACAGCAGGAGUCUUUGCGUCCGAACCCGAACUCAAGUUGGCUGCGCUCGUCCUUCGUCUAUAACCACCAUGUGUUGUCAGUUUGCAUCCUGGUGGUGGCGCUGUCCAUCCUGCUCUAUGUGCUGAGGCUGCGCAGGAUUCACCAGAGAGAACAAAGACAAAACGAAGUGUUAAACCUGCUGUGGGCAGAGGAGGGUGAGGCCCUACUGCCUUGAGACCAAGACCGGGACAAAAACCAAGACUAUGACCAGGACCAAGACCAGGGGUCCACCAGAGAGAGUAGAGACAAAACAAAGUGUUAAACCUGUUGUGGGUGGAGUAGAGGGAAGUCCUACUGCCCCGGGACCAAGACCGGGACCAAGACCGGGACCAAGACCGGGACCAAGACCGGGACCAAGACCGGGACCAAGACCGGGACCAAGACCGGGACCAAGACCGGGACCAAGACCGGGACCAAGACCGGGACCAAGACCGGGACCAAGACCGGGACCAAGACCGGGACCAAGACCGGGACCAAGACCGGGACCAAGACCGGGACCAAGACCGGGACCGAGCGCACUCCCCUGUGACUGAGACGAAGAGCGGAACUGAAAUUCCAUUUCUGUGGUAUACUGAGGGUACUCACUGCCAGCUCUGUAUACCACAGAAAUGGAAUUAAUUUAACAAGGACUAAGACCGGGACUUAGACCGCUGUGAACCAGUCGAGAUGUUUACAGACUCAACCAGACUCUAUUUAUAUUUUCUACUGUGGACCAUUUAAACACUAAGAAGCCACUGGACUUUACAAUCUGCUCAAUUUUGAACUUUGAGCCGAGAGCGGAAAUCAUGUGAAGACUGAAGAUUUAAAAAGGGAACAAUCUCACUUUGUGCCACUGACCAAAUGAGUUUUAAAACAUGCAAGAUUUCUAUGUAAAUAUAGAUUAAAGGCGCUGUACCUGAUUUUUACAGUUUUAAAAAAUGUGAAAAAACAUUUCAAACGGUUUGCAGUGGUCCAGAGUUGUUCCUCUCUUAUCUUAUGCAUUCUUAGCAUCCUAAUUAUUUACAGCAAUGAGUUUAUAAGAGUGUUUCAUAAUUCUCCUAGAAAGUUUUGCUGUCUCAUUAAAGCUGACCACAACUAGCGUGCUAAUCGUGCAUUUCCUGAUUAUCAGACAAUAAAACACCUUAUAAUUAGAUGCAGACAGUAUUUUGGCUUCAAGAGAUGAUUAGACAAUAUAUCUGUACUGGGGCAAGACACAUUUCACUCAAAUAUAUGGGAACAAUCGGGUACAGGGCCUUUAAUUUUUCUGUGUCAGCCCUGCAAUUCACGGGUUAUACUGCAGGGGACACUCCGUCUAAGGACCUGUGAAUGAAUGUGAAACUUGUGAAUGUUUUUAAGGGUCUGAUUUAAGACAUCUGUUUGGAAGAAAUGUAAACUUGUUUAUCCCACAGUGGGAGAUUUUAAUUCUUAAAGUAAUUUGUAAUUAUUGUAAAUGAUUUUCUAAACUGAGGGCAUGACUCAUCAAAGAAAAGAUGAUGAACUCUUUUUUGUAAAGUAUGGUUGUCAAAAGUAUCGAAAUAUAUGCUUGAUGAAUGAUACUUAUUGAUACUAAAACUAGUAUUGAAACUAGGUACUCAUUUGAGCAGGUAUCAAUACUAAUAAACUCACAUUCACAUUACAUAAAUGAACCUUUCCUGAAUAGCUUUAGAAUGAUGUUGAGCUGGAUCAGAACAAGUAUAAGACACAUAGACUAAUAUACACCCAUGGACCACUAUGAACCUACUGGACGACGAGGGAUUACACAGAUAUAAGGCCAUGUGGGAAUAUAAAAGAAAGUACUACGAUUUAAUGUUGAAAAUCUCAUUCUGUUGUCUAAAGAAAGAGUGUUUUUUAUCGUUGUGGUAACAAAAUCGAAUUUGAAAUUUUAGUAUCGUGACAACACUAUUGUAAUGUAAAGUGGUAGUGGACAGGCCAUUUUGGCUGAUGUGAAGGUGAAUUGAAACCAUUUUUGAAUUAUUAUGAAACCAAGGUUUCAUUUGAUGUGUUUUUAAAUGAAAAUUGUUUUGUAAUUGUAUUUAAAAGUGCUGUACUUUUCAUAUGGGAUAUCCGUAACCUUCUAGUCGCCAUAGAGAUGUUAUUGCUUUCCAACAAUGUUCCACAGCAUGCCAUUAAAUUUGUCUGUUGCUUUUAGUUCUCAAAAUUGGAAAAAAAACAACAUUCUUACAGUGAGUGGGAUGUCCUUUCCAGGAGAUCUGUAACUUGUCUUGGUCACUCCAGCUGGUUUUCUCCAUUAUAGAGAAGUGUAAAGUGGGACUAAACACCUAAACUCUGCCCACAACCACAUUUUAAAUGGAGCUGCUGAACUGGGCAGUACCUGGUGGACUAAAAGGGAGAAUGAGGUCUAGGUAUAAGGAACAGUAGUAAUCAGGGCAGUCCUGCGUGAUGUCAUGUACUACUUGAAAUUGCAGAGGCCAUCGAUGGCAGCACAAACCUUUAGUCAUUUUUGACCAUCUGCAAAUUUACCUGGUUUGGGCUAAAGUUGCCAAAAAAUGAUGAGGAACAGUAGAGAUAAUGCUAUUACAGUAGUGAAAAAAGUGGAUUUAGUGUUUUAGUGUAUUUCCAUAGUUUUAAUUCUAUAUUGUAGAACUUUCCUGGCAAAGCUCUUUCAUCUCCAUGGCAACAAGCAGGUGGUUUAUUUCAAUAAUAAAUUUGUUAUAAUUAAUUGAUUCAUAUAUUUUUCUCAAGCAUUCCUAAAAGACCAUCUCAUUUACCCAAGACCAGUUAAAAGUUUGGCCAUAGUGUAAUAAUGCAAUCUCUUUGUUGCUCUGCUGUAACUUUUCAAACCAUUCCAGAAAUGACCUCUCAACUUCUGUAUAAUAUGUGUUCUUCUUUCACAUGUCUUACUGUACAUUUUCUUUUUUAACUUUGGCCUCUGAGCCACAAAUACUUACGAAGCAAUCAGAUGUGGGCUGUGUGCAAUUUACUCUAGGAACAAAAUGGACGCAAUGAAAUAUAAAAUCAUCUCAUUCCAGUGCAAAUAAAGAGUUAUAAUAGAA